AGGGAGGAAAGAGAACCUUGCUGCAUGCAGCUUGGAUCUACAAUCUAAAAAACAAGAGUGAUCAAUCCCAGCGCUGUUAAACAUCUUGUUUAUUUUCUGCAUUCAGCAGCUUGCAAAUGGUUAACUAUAUGCCAAAAGGAAAAAAAAAAGUCAGCAUAGCAGUGAAGUAUGCCAUGAAUUUUAAUUGAGGGGAUAAAGAGAGAAAUGCUUCAGGAUGCUCCAGCAUGCAUUCUGCUUGCAAUAUUUUCUUUGAAAUGUUCAGCAUUUUGUCUUUGACUGGAGGUUUUUAACUUUUGCAAGCUACAGGACUUGUUAAGAAGUGGUAUUUGAGGAGAAAGUACGUGCUGGUAUUCGCUGCUUUCUCUUUUAAUAAAGAAACUGAAUUACUUUGAACAUCUCUUCCAGCUGUGCAAUACAGAAAACACGUCAGGAAAGAAUCUGCUUUACAGGGUUAGACCCCCAUCACAUGACAACAUGAAGCUGUGGACUCAUCUCUUUUAUUCAUCUCUGCUUGCCUGUAUAUCUUUACAGUCCCCAUCACCAGUGCCCUCACUCAAAGGAUCUUGUGAUACCCUUUGCAACUGUGAGGAAAAAGAUGGCACAAUGUUAAUAAAUUGUGAAGAAAAAGGUAUCAAGGAAUUAUCCCAAAUAAGUGUGCCACCAUCACGACCUUUUCACCUGAGCUUAUUGAAUAAUGGCUUGACAAUGCUACAUACCAAUGACUUUUCUGGACUUAGCAAUGCUAUUUCCAUACACCUGGGAUUUAACAACAUUGCAGACAUUGAGACUGGUGCGUUUAAUGGCCUUGGCCUUCUGAAACAACUUCAUAUCAACCACAAUUCUUUAGAAAUUCUUAAGGAGGACACUUUUCAUGGAUUAGAAAACUUGGAAUUCCUACAAGCCGAUAACAAUUUCAUUACAGUGAUUGAACCAAGUGCCUUCAGCAAGCUCAACAGACUUAAAGUUUUAAUCCUAAAUGACAAUGCUAUUGAGAGUCUUCCACCAAACAUCUUUCGAUUUGUUCCUCUAACCCACUUAGAUCUGCGUGGAAAUCAGUUGCAAACAUUGCCUUAUGUUGGUUUUUUAGAACACAUUGGCCGAAUAUUGGAUCUCCAGUUGGAGGACAAUAAGUGGGCUUGCAAUUGUGACUUAUUGCAGCUCAAAAUCUGGUUGGAGAACAUGCCUCCACAGUCUGUCAUUGGGGAUGUUGUAUGCAAUAGUCCGCCAUUUUUCAAAGGAAGCAUAUUGAGUCGACUGAAAGCAGAGUCAAUUUGCCCUACUCCACCAGUGUAUGAAGAGUUCGAGGACCCUUCUGGAUCAUUGCACCUGGCAGUCACAUCUUCAGUAAGUGAUAGUCUCAUGUCAACCAAGACCGUAUCCAUUUUUAAACCACCUACCAAAGCACCUGGUUUGAAUCCUUAUCUUACAAAGCCAUCGACUCAGCUCCCAACACCCUACUGUCCAAUUCCUUGCAACUGCAAAGUCCUAACCCCAUCAGGACUUCUAAUACAUUGUCAAGAACGCAACAUUGAAAGCAUAGCAGAUCUAAAACCUCCUCCACAGAAUCCCAGAAAGCUGAUUCUAGCAGGAAACAUUAUACACACGUUAAUGAAAUCUGAUCUAGUGGAAUAUUUCACACUGGAAAUGCUUCAUCUGGGAAACAAUCGUAUUGAAGUUCUUGAAGAAGGGUCGUUUAUGAAUCUUACAAGACUACAAAAGCUCUACCUUAAUGGCAACUAUCUCACCAAACUAAACGGAGGCAUGUUUCUUGGUCUUCCCAACCUUGAGUACUUAUAUCUCGAAUACAAUGUGAUUAAGGAAAUUCUACCAGGAACCUUUAACUCACUGCCUAAACUCAAAGUACUUUAUUUAAACAACAAUCUCCUUCAAGUUUUACCCCCGCAUAUUUUUUCCGGAAUUCCUCUAACUAGGAUAAAUCUUAAAACAAACCAGUUCACCCAUCUCCCUGUCAGUAACAUCUUGGAUGAUCUGGGUUUAUUGUCCCAGAUUGACCUUGAAGAUAACCCCUGGGACUGCUCUUGUGAUCUGGUUGGAUUACAGCAAUGGACACAAAAAUUAAGCAAGAACACGGUGACGGAUGACAUCCUCUGCAUGUCGCCACCUCAUCUCAACAAAAAGGAAUUGAAAGCCCUGAACAGUGAACUUCUCUGCCCAGGUUUAGUAAAUAACCCAUCCCUGCCAACCCAGAGUCAUUCCAUGAUCGUCACAACUCCUACGAGCACUACAAAUACUGCAGGGACUCUUUUAAGCUCUCUCACAGAUGCUGUCCCGCUGUCAGUUCUAAUAUUGGGACUUCUAGUUGUCUUCAUCACCAUUGUGUUCUGUGCUGCCGGGAUAGUGGUUCUUGUUCUCCAUCGCAGGAGAAGAUGCAAAAAGAAGCAAGUCGAAGAUCAAGUGAGAGACAAUAGUCCUGUACACCUUCAGUACAGCAUGUAUGGCCACAAAACAACCCAUCACACAGCUGAAAGGCCCUCAGCCUCUCUCUACGAGCAGCACAUGGUGAGUCCAAUGGUUCAUGUCUACAGAAGUCCGUCCUUCGGUCCAAAGCAUUUGGAAGAGGAAGAAGAAAGGAAUGAGAAAGAAGGAAGUGAUGUGAAGAAUCUCCAAAGAAGCCUUUUAGAACGGGAAAAUCACUCACCACUCACAGGAUCAAACAUGAAAUACAAAACCACAGACCAAUCCACAGAAUUUUUAUCCUUCCAGGAUGCCAGUUCAUUAUACAGGAACAUUUUAGAGAAGGAACGAGAACUUCAGCAACUGGGAAUCACAGAGUACCUAAGGAAAAACAUCGCUCAGCUCCAGCCUGACAGGGAGGUACAUUACCCCGCAGCCCAUGAAGAACUGAAGUUGAUGGAAACGCUAAUGUACUCACGGCCAAGGAAGGUAUUGGUGGAACAGACUAAAAAUGAGUAUUUUGAGCUCAAAGCUAAUUUACAUGCUGAACCUGACUAUUUAGAAGUCCUAGAGCAGCAAACUUAGAUGGAGACUCGAAGGGCUUUGGCAGAAAUGCUGUGAUUCUGUCUUAAGUCCAAAUCUUGGAAAUAAGUGCCUUAAAUGAGUGAGUAGGUCUUCAAUCAGAACUUAAGCACAGCAGUUAUAUGGGAACAAAGAGAAGAGAAAGAAGCUCAGGGAUCAUUGGGAGAAGCCAUGGCAUUAUGUUCAGGCAAUGUAGUCUAUCCCAAAUAAAUCCUUGCAUGUAAUGCAUUCAAGGAUUAUGGCGUUAAAAAAAUAAAAAUAAAAGUCAAUGUUACAUAGAAGUCAUCUUGCACAUGUUAAAAAGGUUGAACAUUGAAACAAUCAUUAUUUUCUUGAAUUGUUUUACCAAUGGAUUAAAGGAAAUUUUAUUUCAUCAUUUAAAAAAGUACCUAUAUAUGUAGUUAGAAUAUGUCUGGGAUAUAUACUUUAUAACUAUUGUAUGCUUAAAAAUCUGCGAACAUUCAAUUUCCUCAUGAUAAAUACAAUGGAACUGGAACUUGAAAUGUGUAAGUCAUAAUAGUAAGGAAAAUAGAAAAGUUGUAAUUAGGUAGGCCAAGAGUUGGCCAAAACUUUAAACAGUGCAAAAUUAAAUGGCCAAUCCUAUGCUUUCUGAAUUAAAAAUGAAUGAAUAAUAGUUCAGAUGGGCUAUAUAAGCAAACUUUUUGGUUUUUCUACACAUUUUGUGUGGACAUUCAUUUUGUCAAUGCUGCUGUGAAUUAAGGUAUAUCAUUUGUGCUCAAAGUAUAAUUCUUCUUGGGAUAUUUAAACAUGCUACUGAGAUUUGACUGUAAAUAUGAUUAGAACACCUAUUAAAUUUGCUUAUGUUCAUAGUAUUAAUCCUUUGUAAAUCUGAAUGACCAUGAUAGAAACAUGUUCUUUUCGUGGCAAAGUUACAAUUAAAAAUAUUAUUUUAUUUUUCAUGAUGUAUACUGAUAGCUGCCAUCAAUUAGUAGAAAAGGCACUUCUAAAGGUAAGUGGUUUAUGUUACCUCAAGAGAGGGACAAUGUAGCUUUAUUUUACAAGAAGGUAUAGCUAGAUUUCUAUGGACUAUUUAUUCUGUACAGUUUUGUAUAUUUUUGGUUCAUAAAGUAAUUAUUCUUGGGUGCCUUUCAAGAAAAGUAAAAGUUCUGCUCACUACAAUAAAAUUAAAAUGAACAUUA